AUGCAGGAUGUUGAUUGCAUGCCCUUAAGACGCUUAGAGAAUAAACCCGCAUCAGUAGCAAGGUCCUCAAGUGCUGUCAAUAAGUUAUUCGAGAACUUCACUCAGCUCAAAAUAAAUGGCAGGGAAAAAGAUCAGAGGCUUGAAGGGUACAUAAAAUUUUCUCCUGGUGAUACCCUCGAGAACGUUCGUGGUCCUUCUCAUGAGUCUCUGUCAAGUUAUCCCAUGGAUAAUUUACUGAAGCAAACAAAGGUGGCUUCAGUGGAUGCUAAUUCACAAGCUAAUACUGGACUGAGGAAAACUGCCAUAAAUCAGCAGACACUACAUUCUCAGCACCAUACACUGGCAGAGGUCCAGGCGAAAGAAGCUGAUGUGCAAGCUCUUACUGAAUUGACUCGUCCUCUAAACAAAAAGGAAGCAGCGGUUAUUGAGUUGAAGCACAUUAAUGAUGAUGUUUUAGAAAGUGACAAGGAUGGUGAUUGCUCUCUCAGUAAUUCAGAGCCUUUCAAGAAGCAAUAUUCUGCUGUACUCGUGCAGUUAAAUGCAGCCAAUGAGCAGGUUUCUUCUGCUUUGUAUUGCUUGAGGCAGCGCAACUCAUAUCAGGGAAACUUUCCACAAGCGAGGCCGAGGCCCAUGGCAAAUUUAGGUGAUCACGGAGGCCUUUUGAGCUCCUUAGAUCAUUCUACAAGUCACACUCAAGCAUCCGGAUCUUCUGUUAAUGAAGUUGUUGAAAGCUCAAGAACAAAAGCCCAAACAAUGGUGGAUGCAGUUAUGCAGGGAAUGUCAUCUCUGAAGGGUGUGGAGAAGAUGGAGACAGCUAUAGAUCAUGUGAAUGAUCGACUACUUCCAUUGGAUGAUUUUUGCAUGCUGGCCACAGACUCGGUGCAUGUUGGUUUGGCUUCUCAUGAUUAGUCGAUUUCCAUCCCAUUGAAUUCAUUGCAGUCAUCUAAUCCUAAGUUGGAGAAGGAAUCUGUGUCAUAUGGACAACAAAUCCCUUCAGAACUUAUAUCUCAAAUGUGUAGCUACUUUGUUCAUGAUUCAGUGUAAUUUUUUCCGAAAAAAUUGCAGAAGUGUUCAGAACGACAGUUUCCACCAGCUGAUGUUGCCCAGAUACUGAAUUCUGCCGUUACAAGUUUGCAUCCUUACUCCUCAAAGAACCUUCCAGUCUAUACAGAGAUACAGAAGUGCAUUGGAAUCAUCAAGAACCAAAUACUGGCACUUAUACCUACCUAGAACCACCCUCACACCUUUGUAAAUCUGCAAUGUAGAGUGAACCUGAGAGUUGUUUCAGCUUCCCUAUUCGGAAGCAGUAUCAUGAAGUC